AUGUCUGAAGAAAGACAUAGAAUUCUAGAACAAAAACGCCAGCGAUUACUUGAACUUAAACGGAAGCGGAUUACACAAGUUGGGAGUUUAACUGAUGAUUCUGAGUUACUCAAGAAGAUUGAUGUGGCAACGCAAACAGCGCCGGUGUGCUUUGCUAGCACGUCUCCAAAACUAUCAACCAAGGAUUCUGAACUUAAUAGUGAAGAUGCAUUAAAAGCUGAAACUUUUCAAGUAGAUGUUGAACUACGUCGGUUUGAUAAAGGGGUCCAAGUAACAGGAAUAUCCGAGGACAAUAACAACAACGAUACAAACAGCAAAAGCAAUAGUUGUAAUUUAGAAAGAGAAAAGCCCAGAGUCAUUAAUAAAAUAGAGGUUUCCGAUUCUGAGCUAAGCAAUGCAUUAAUAGAGUCUAUCAAAGUGAUAAACAGAUUACAUAUUACCAAAACAAUCGAAUUGGAUCCCGUUAAAGUAGAGUCCAAAACUAAGUUGCAGUUUGUUUCAAGUAAAAUAAUCCUCCCACUUGAUCGUGAGCUACAAACUUUUGACAUAUCGCCACAUACUGCAAGUCAGAUACUAGUCGGUUUUCAAAGGCCACAGCAGUACGAAUUUUUUGCAAUCUUGUAUCAACUCCAGGAUCAAACACUACUCCCCUAUCACUAUCUCACAUGCUCCUCCGAGCUAACACAAUUGAAGUUCGAUAUUCACCAAGGAAACAGGAUAAUAGGAGCAUUGAAGAAUGGAGAGUUGGUUAUUUGGGAGAUUGACGAUAGCGCAUUGAUCCAAGUGCCGACUUUAUCUACACACUCGCUUUUUUUCUCCUUAGGAAGUGAGCAGUCAUGGUUCCAGCAUCGAAGCAAGAUAGUGCUUUUGGAGCAGCUCAAGGUAAAUGUUAACAAUUGUUUAUUGUCAGUUUCAAAAGACGGUGUAACGAAUUUGUGGUCCACAAAUUUACUAAGUAAGCCAAAGUUUUCUCAAAAGUUGGUAAAGAAGGACGGAAUUUUCCGUCUUUGUAUUGAACAUGGAAUAUAUACGGGUAGUAAAGAAACUAUUGGCGACGACAUUGAACUAGGAUCGAAGUUGUUAUUAGCUGCCAACGACGGUAAACUCUAUGAUGAACAAAUGAAUGAAGCUCACGAGGCAGAGGGUGCUGGUGCUGGUGGUGCUGGUGCUGGUGCUGGUCUUCUUGUCACUGCUAUGGUAAAGUUGAGUCAUGAGUUUAUUGUGACUUCUCACCUCGAUUGGCAUUUAAGAAUUUGGAAGCAUGGUCAAACGCAACCCUAUAAAGUGAUACCCACAAAUUAUGUGAUUAACAAAAUAAUCAAACGACCUCAAAAUCAAUAUCAGUUCACUACAGUUGGGAGAUUUUUUGGAAAAUAUCUCGUUGAGUUUUGGAAUUUGUCUAAAAAGCUUUACAAACCAGUGAUUACCAUUUGCGAGGAAGAAGACGAAAUCAAACAAAUCAAAUUUAAUGGUCCCAUGGAGAUGCUUAUAGGUAAAGGGAGAGAGAUUCAAAUCCUAAAGCUUAAUAAGGAUUACGUAUUUGAUGUCGAAGAGGACGACCUCGAUAAGGGAUUUCUGAAAAUGUAG